UUUUCAAAACAUUGUCACUUGCCGGUGGUAGCCCUGCUGCACAUGUUGUGGCAAGAUGGCCUCUCUUCCAUCUCCCUCCCAGGUGGCGGGGGAACACAUCCGCCCCUUUGAAACAUGGUACCGCAGACUAGACCCUGCCGGCACUGGUAUCAUCCAGGCCGGUCCAGCUGCGCAAUUUUUGAAGAAGUCGGGUCUUGAUGAUGACUCUUUGAGUAAGAUAUGGGACCUGAGUGAUCCAAACGGCAAAGGUUACUUGGAUCGGAUUGGGCUCUUUGUCUCUUUGAAGCUCAUAGCUCUUGCACAAAAUAAAAGAGAAGUGUCCCUUAGUAACCUGAUGAUGGCUCUACCUCCUCCCAAUAUGGGGGAUGCUCCUCCUCACCCUCCUCCUCCCCACCCACCUUCACACCCUCCCCCUCCUGCCACUGUAACUCCUCCCAACCCCGCCCUCUGGACCAUCACUGCCGCUGACAGAGCUCGCUAUGAUCAAAUUUUCAGCUCCCUAGGGCCCAGUGCCAACAAAAUUCAUGGCAACAAGGUACGAGGUGUGAUGAUGAACUCUAAGCUGCCUACCGAUGUCCUCGGCAAGAUCUGGGACCUCUCUGACAUGGACAGAGAUGGAUCGCUGGAUAGAGCCGAGUUCUCCAUAGCAAUGCACUUGAUAUACAAGUGCCUGGAGAACCAUCCCCUGCCUGUCGGGGGACUUCCACCCGAGAUGAUCUCGAGCGCCCGCAGAGCCCUGGGAGGAACUGGCCCUGUGCCCGCACCUCUUGCUCCUCCUGCACCGGUGCAGCCGCAACAGACCACUUUGGUGACAGGGCCGCCGAAGGCGCCAUGGGUGGUGAGCGCCGCGGACCGCACUCGCUACGACGUCAUGUUCCAGAAUGCGGAUGUGGACAAGGACGGCUUCGUGAGCGGCCAUGAAAUUAAGGGGAUUUUCUUGCAGAGUGGCCUGCCGCAGAUGGUGCUCGCUCAUAUCUGGAACAUUUGUGACAUGAAGCAGACGGGGAAGCUCACCAGCGAGCAGUUCGCGCUCGCCAUGUGGCUCAUCCAGCAGAAGUUGGCCGGCAAUGAUCCUCCACCUCAGCUCACCUCUGAGAUGAUCCCGCCCUCUAUGCGCCCUGACCAAAACCAACCCUCUAAUGUGGACCUCUUAGGCGGUAUCUCUAGCACCAAGGUGUUGGCUGCCAAGCCUCAGUACAGCAACCCUGAGUUGCAGGCAGUGGCCGACGAAAUUGACCAAGUAAACGCCGACAAACUAAAGCUGGAGUGUGAAAUCCAGCAGAAAGAAGCUACUCUGAGACUUAAAAACAACGAGAUUAAAAACCUGCAGACGGAGUUAGAGACUCUGAGCGCGACCUUCAAGCAGCUCGAGCAUCAGAAGGAGGUGGCACAAAAGCGGCUCGAUGAUCUCGCUGUUCAGGAACGCGCCACUGCCGAGGAGCUACGACAUCUGAACUCGCAGGUUGCGGCUCUAGAGGAAGAGGUGGCUAAGUUGCGGGUGCAAGUGGAGGAGCAGGAAGCCAGCCUCUUGGAGCAGGAGGAGGAAGUAUUGGGCAAGAAGAGGCAACUUGAUGACCUAAGGAAAGAGGAAACGACACUCGAGCAAAGUAUUGCUGACAUCAAUAAGAAGCUGGAACGACUCGGCAACUGUUAUCUCAAAACCAACGAUCAGGUUAUUCAGCUACGGGAGAAGGUGGACGGCAUUGCUGAGGUGGAGCUGCAGCUCACCGAAACUCUCAACAAAUAUGAGGCUGCUAUCCACGCCUCCGACGCGUCCGCCCUCAGCGAGACCUGCCUCAUGGACCCGCGACCUGCCUUCUGCACGGACCCUCUCUACGACCACACCGACCCCACCCCCACCACCUCCCCCACUCCCCCGCCGCAGGAGUCACCCGUACGAACUCAACCUCAACAAAACGGCAUUGCUGGACCUCAACACAACGAUGUGACGGCGACCUCGAAGGCGAAGGACACGUCGUUCGUGGGCGGCCACGACCCCUUCGCCUCCGCGUUUGGCGGCAAUACCGGACAUAACGACCCGUUUUCAUCCUGGGAUCAGAAGAACUCAACACAGCCUGCUCCUUCCCCGGCUCCUAAUGAUCCCUUCGGAGGAGACGCCUUCUCCAAUUCCCAGACUGGGGAUCUCAAGUCCGAGAACAACUUGGCGGUGCACUCGGGUCCACCUCCCAGACCCGAAUCUCCUUCUCCUGCUUUGCCGCCCAAGAAGGGGAAGCAACCUCCACCAAGACCUGCUCCCCCGAAGAAGGGUCCUGCUCACCCCCCUCCACCCAAAAUGGCCUCCAGUGCCAUCAAUUCCAACAACAACCCGACGGACGACGCCUGGGGCGACUCGGCUAAAGUUAACGACACUGGCGACGGGUUUGCAGAUUUUGCCGCAUUCGCUGAUUUCGACAGCAAGUUCUCGCGUGGGCGAGCUGACGGCUUUGCAUCCGCCUUCGACUCUGGGAGCAAAUCCACGAGGCCUGCCUUCAAAACAACGUUUGAGGAUGACUUCUCCGCACCGUGGAGCUCCAAGCAAUCGGCAGCAGCGCUUGAGGAGCUUGCUUUUGAUAGUGGGAAAUCAUCCGAAAAAAUUAAUGGUAACCGUGAUCCUUUUGAAACUUCCCAUUGGUCCAACGGGUCGACGGACUCUAAAUCGGCGUCAGGUAGUUCGCCUUGGCUGGAUGAUUAUCCAUCUAGGGAUGAAAGAAGCAAGUUUUCAAGCUUGUCGUCAGCAUCUUUCGCGUCGAAAGAUGCAUUUUUUGAUAACUUUGGUAGUAGUAAUCAAGUAUUCAACACAAGCAGUUCAGUCAAGAACAACGCGUCUCUAACUGCCAAAUCUAAUGGCGCUGGAGCUAACGCCUUCAGUGAUGCUAAUUUUGGUGCUGGUUUUGGUGGCAGUGGUGACAGUGACCUGGGUGCUAUUACUCCAUCGGAAGAUCCUUUUGGUGUAGUGGAUCCCUUCAAAGACGUUACCAUUAACGAAGAUGACAAAUUUUCUUGGGAUGACGAGCCCGAUCCUUUCGUAACUGACGGCGGAUUCGAGGGUGGCCACGCAAGCAGCCACGAACUCGUCGGAAAAGAAGACCCUUUCAGUGUUUCUUUUGACGCAAACAAAAACGUCAUUGAGUCAGAAACUGAGAAUAAGAAAAGUAUUACUCGUGACCCCAUCGAUGUUAGCAAGUUAUUUUCAGGUUUAUCUCUAGGUGUCGCGGAUACCUCGUACGGAGGACGCUCCAAGUCAGUUCUUGACGAUCCUGUGGCGAACGUCUUCGCCAAGCAGCAGAACCUUCCAGUGCGAUCUAAAACAGCGUUGGCGGAGCCAUUUAUAGACUUGAAUUCUUUCGAUCCACUUGCGCCGUCUGGCUCGUCCCCAAAGAAAAACACUUGGAUUAGCAAUGAAGAUUUAAUUAACGAAAACUUUGGCUCGUCCUCCUCGUUGAGAAAAAGUAAAGGUGAUAGUUUCGGUUUAUCAUCUACAGCUAGUAACUUUAACUUUAAUCCAGUAAUUACAGCUAGUAAGCUGGAUUUUAACAACGCAUUUAGUGAUCAAUUGGAUUUUAACAACAGCUUUGGUUCGAACAUCACACAGAAGCGGAUGUAUACAGACCUGAGCUCUGCUGCAGACCGCAGUAGCGUCACAUCUAGUCAAGCGUUUGAGAGCAAAAGCUCGAGCCCUUUUCCCAGCAGCAGCGGUGCGACAUUCUCGAGCAACUCUGCACGCAGCUCCGGAGGUGCUUUGUCGGAGUCGGAACAGCUCAGCUGGGCUGCCAGAGAAAGUUUGAGGUUGGAAGAAGAAAACAAGAGAAGAGAGGAGCAAGAAAACAGCGACUUGCAGCGAGCGAUUGCUCUCUCGGCUGCCUCUGCACCCAAAACUUUAUCUUCUUGAAGCUAUGAAAGAUUUACUCGUUUAAUUUGUUGAAGUGGCAUUUGCGCGUUGCUCGACCGUGUCCCGUCAAGCAGUUGUAGUCGUGCUUCCUCAUUGAUGACCUUAUGCCUCUGUUUGCGCGUUCAUCUGAGAAUACUACAAUUCUGUUCUGGAGGACCUCGUUAUGAUAUUGAGGGCGUAUAAAAAACGGAUUUGAUUUCGAAUAUCUGUGGUUUUUCUCGUGAUAAAGAUGACAUUGUAUUUUAUUGUUGUUAGAGCUUCGUUUAUAUUGAUUACAUUAGCACCUGCGUUAGAUUUUGAUAAUAUUCAGACUCGCAUUUUUUUGUUUGUCAUGAGUUGGUGAAACAGUGAGUGAGGGCUUCCAGGAAACUCCAGUGCGCACUCUGUCAUUUAUACAGGGAACUUGAAUUAUGUUUCGUCUACCCGUGAUGCUGCAGCUAAGAGGAUGUGCUGUUUAGCGUCUCUUGGAUGUACAAGAGAAAAGCUUUUACUAUUUUAUUUGACUCAUAGAAUUUAUUAAGAGGAGUUAACUUAUGUUGUAUUAUUGACUUAUUUGUACAGAUGAACAAUAACAAUUGUAAAUAAGAGUUAUAUUGUUUAAAAGGACAAGACUUUGGAGUUGUUAGGUCCUUACGUUACGCAGCAAAUACUUUAUCCUUCGUUUAUUUCUCAACUAAAGAAGGAAAUUAGGGGAAAUCGAGUAGCUUCUCCCUAAAAAUUAGAAUGAUUCAGUCAUAUAAUUAGCGAGCAUAUAGUUUUACUGGGCUAAUACUGUAAAUUUACUCUCACUGCCAUGUCUUGCAUAAUAUAGGUUCUCUGGCGUCUCGAUCUUUCCUGAGACGAUCAUGAGUGGUCCAGGCCUUUGUGCGCGUCGAGACGAGUGGUCGUUACCUCAUGUACGUGUCCAGGCGAGUGGUCGUUACCUCAUGUACGUGUCCAGGCGAGUGGUCGUUACCUCGUGUACGUGUCGAGACGAGUGGUCGUUAUCUCAUGUACGUGUCGAGACGAGUGGACGUUAUCUCAUGUACGUGUCGAGACGAGUGGUCGUGACCUCAUGUACGUGUCGAGGCGAGUGGUCGUCACCUCAUGUACGUGUCGAGACGAGUGGACGUUAUCUCAUGUACGUGUCGAGGCGAGUGGUCGUGACCUCAUGUACGUGUCGAGGCGAGUGGUCGUUACCUCAUGUACGUGUCGAGACGAGUGGUCGUCACCUCAUGUACGUGUCGAGACGAGUGGUCGUGACCUCAUGUACGUUUCGAGACGAGUGGUCGUGACCUCAU